UCUUUGGGGCAAGCAUCAAACACUCGCGGCAAGUGAAUGGCUGUUCCCCUAGCCUCGUGGCUGCAAGCCUGGCGGUUUUAAAAAGCACAUCCGGGCCCGUGGAAUUUUUCCAGGCCCUAUAUCGCUCCUUGGAAUUUUUCUACUGUAGUCCUAGUUCCAGGUUUUUGGUUUAGAAGAAAUUACAUACAUUGAACCAUCUCGUUGGUCCCGGGGAGCCGAGCUGUCUAUUCACUCAUAAGCACAUACCGCCUCACCUCCUGUCCUACGGUACAGUCAGUCGCAUUGCGUUACACACGGCCAGCCGAAAGCAAAGCAACGUUAACAUUACUCGGAGCCAAAAUACCUUUUUCUGACCAGGUGUGACUGUCUUGACUAUCGGCUAGGCUAGUCCCUGGAAUAUUUCGAUUUUUCCUGUCUUCGAUUUUCUCUCUCUUUCGUCAAUGUGACCUUGCAGACGAGAAAAGAUCGCCGUCGAAGCUCGGUCAAUUGCGUAGCGCCAACCCAUCCAAUCACGAAUUCUCAGUCCACCACGAUCUCACCAAGCUCCACUUUCUGGCCGUGAACCCAGUUGUGCCUGAAGGAACCCACCCCUGUCAAGUCGACUUCCUAGGAGGGGAAAAAGCAAGAAAGACACAACCCGACCGACAGCGCAACACAAAAGAGUUCUGACCACCACAAGCAAGCAACAAAUUCCACCAAGCGCUAGGUUCAACUCGAAGCCCAGGACAUGGAGGAGACCAAGCCAUAAGAAAGCUCAGACCAUUUACCUACCUCUUCAUGCCCACCAUUUGGUCCUUCGACUUUUCCACACAUACCACCUAACUCAUUGCACACCAUCACCAAAAGCUCCACGGGCGGGCCUGGAGGUAUUUUUUUUUAUUCUCUUACCGCCCUGCCACGAGUCCUUCCUUCGCCUUGCCUUGACUCCCUACUCAGCUGUAGUCAGCGGCCCGACCAAUCAGGAAUACGGUCGUAAACAUUCCAAGGCUAGGGCAGGUCCUUCCUCAACGAGCCCUCCCCGCCUUGGGCGUUGCGAGCUUCCCUCUGCUCCCGCAGCAUUGAUCCCGACAUUUUGCAAAACCCGUAUCCCACAUUCCACAGGGUAGAGGCCACACAACCAUUAUUAAGGCCCGGCCCUCGAGGCGCCCCCUACCUCUUUUUUUUUUUUCUCGCGCCCGCUCGCUUCUUGGACGAUGCUAGAGUCUCGCGUCGGCGGGCGACAGCGUCCCCUUGAGCCAGUGUACAGCCAUUCGCGGUCGCGGACUUCGUCCUCAAACGUCCUGCCUCAAAGUAACCCUUAUAACAAUCAACAACAAUACCAGCAAAUUCCAACAAUGCAGGUGCACCUGGCCCAACCGGGCCAACAUCAGUACCACCCGACCAUGUCGUCGCGGCGCUCCCCCAGCGUCAACACCUUCAACUCGGCAAUUUCUUCCUCUUCCUCCACCAUGGCCCCGCCAGCCGCCUACCGCACCUCGCCUACAAUGACGGACUUGCAUCGUACCGCCUCCAAUCGCUCUGGUGGCGCUGCCAGCAUUUCACAAUAUAGCGGGAGCUCCUACGUCGCCCUGCUCAGGAAACAAAAGGCGACAGUUUGGUCCGAUCGUGCACAACCAGAAGACCCCCGAAUGGCAGCAGCCCAGCGCGCCGCCAAGAUGCGCGCCGCGGUGGAAAUGAACGGCGGCCGAAGGGUCGACAGUGACGGCGUAUCAUACAGCGGAGGUGGUCAGGGAACAGGCCGCACCGCAACUGGUCUGUCAUCCGUUGGCGGAAAGGUCGGCGCCAAGAUUCGCCAUCAUGGCAAGCCAGGUGUGGUAGGCUACACGCCCGAUAAUAACUACGCCGCAGGCGUUGGUGGCGUGCCGCUGCGGUUGAGUGCCACUGAAGUCGAGGGCGAAGACAGUGACGAAGAUGACUACAACGGCCCGAUGUCGAGGAAUAUGCAGCACCACCGUCGGACAGGCAGCUCAGGGCGCUCCAGCACGGCCUCGGGACGUCUGCGGCAUCAGCAAUCCCAACCAGGUGGGAGCCUCACGUACCGGACCUCUGGUCGCCUCGGAUCAAUGGGCAGCGCCGCCGGCCGGCGUUGGUCUCCAGGCGAUACCCCGGAGCGGACUGGGAGUCUUGUGGAAAACGAGCAGUCGCGCAUGUCGACCAUGGCCUCUACGAAUUAUCCCGCCGACGAAACUCGCAGCUUUGCCAGCGGCAGCAGUGCAGAACGUGCCGACGCGGUCCCUGACAUGGCAGCGCAGAACCGGGCCAAGAACAGCGCGCAGAACGCUGCCCUGACCAGGGAGAAGAGCGUCAAGACCGUCGACGAGCUCAAGAGGAGAGGCAGCGUCGAUGAGAGGACCAUGACGUUGACGGGAAGCGCUGGCAGGCUGUUCAUCGCUAAUCCUGACUGAACGGUUGGCUGAGUGGCGCUACCCACUCAAUGCAUGGACAACUAUUGAAGUUACAAAGCCAAUGUACCGGAUUCGUACAUAGCAUUGGAAUGGGCUCCUUUUCUUUGUCCCGAUUUUAUCAUGUCAUAAAUUUCUUUCCUGGAGUUACGGCUUUUCUCAUUUCAUUUGGUUUACCGGUACCUGAUGGUAUCUACGGUUUUCCCUGUCAUAUUUCUCGAGCGUCUCAUUUCCAUAUUUUCUCUCUUUGUUUGAUGUUCGGUACAAAUUUUUCUUUGUCAUUUUUAUGAUUAUCAUCGUUAUUUUCCUUACAAAGCAUACGGUUCUUUUUUUCUGCUUCUCACGGCAUGGUUUUAAAUAUAGGGAAAGAAAAGAAACAAGGGAAAGAUUGGGAAGGAGGGUGUGCAGUUGAAAGAGAUACCCAUAUAACGAUCGUUAUCGCGUUACUGCUUAAUGGAGGUUGGGGAGAGGAGAAGAAGAUCUACUGUUUCUAUCGCUUGCUUGUCCCUCUGCUAUUUUCACGCUGCACGUCUUUUUUUGGUGUUUCUGCCGCGAUCGUAUUUACCCAUCGGAACCUCUCGUUAUUGUUUGACUUGCAGUGAUACCCUGCCGCCUCUCGCUUCUGCAUUUAUGUCUUCAUCGUCACCUAUUUUGGGCGCAGUAUAGCAAUUUCAAGGGACUCGUUCAGGCGCGUCGUUUCGGCUUCCUCGUGUUGGCCUCGUGCAUACAGUUACCGGCGUUCAAUGUAACCAGGACAAAAUGAACACAGGGUUGAUGACUCGAGCCCGAAGAUUUCUGGCG